ACUAUUGCCCGGUUGCACAAAAGAUCAAUAAAAACAGUUCAAUAAGCUGUGAUAACGGUCCAAUAAACAGUCGGAUAAAUAACUUUAUUGGUUCCUUAAAGUGUUGUUCGGUUGCACAGACAUUUUUUUAACAUUUUAAUGGUUAGUGCUCUAACCAUAGUUUAGAUACCAUGGUUACAAGAAAUUAUCAUUCUAUCAUAUAUUUUUAAUGUUAUCAGUGUUAAUUGUUAUCGUUUUUAUACUUUAUUCAAUAAACUCAAUAAAGUUUAUUCAGUUUAUUCAGUUUAUUGUAAUAAUUAUUAAUUAUUAAUUACUAAUUUGUAAAUUUGUAAUCGACUUUAAAAUGUCUUGCAUCAAAAAAAGAAGCAAGAAUGUUUCCGACGCCGAGAAAGAGAUUCUUAUUGAUCUCAUAAAACCCAAACUUGCGAUCAUAGAAAACAUUAAGACUGAUAGUAUUACAAACAAAAUAAAAGGCAAAACAUGGGAAGACAUAACAAUGGAUUAUAAUGCAUUGCAAACAACUGGCAUAAGAACUAUUGUCCAGUUAAAAGCAAUGUUUGAUAUCAUGAAGCGCAAUACCAAGAAAGCCCAAAGCAGCGAAAAAGUCAAUACUUACUUACUCCAACCUAAUGGACAAACGGAAAGAGAAAAAGAAUUAAUAGUUGAUCUUAUUUCAUCAAAUCAACUAUCAAUCGAUCAAUCUGUUAGUUUGGAUUUUCAAACUCAAGCAUGGGAAAAUAUUGCUGAGUCAUAUAAUGAGCUACAAACAAGUGGAAAAAGAUCAGUCAAUCAAUUAAAAUUGUGCCAGGAAAAUUUAUUUAAAAAGGCUAAAUUAGAUAUUAAUAAAGAAAAAAAAGAAACCUACAAAACUGGAGGUGGGAAAGCUAAUUGUCAUUAUACUACUACAAGUAGUAAAAUUGCUGGUAUGCUAGGUGAACGAUUUCAAUCACUAGAGUCUCCUUAUGACUGUGAUGGAGAUUAUCCUGUUGAAGUUUCAUUAAAUAGCCCAGAUUUGUUUACAUACGAUGUUGAUCAAAAUGUCAGUACUGUUAAUGAUGAGGGUUCAAUAUAUUGUGAUCUAGGCCCAGAUGAUAUAGGUUCUUCUGCAGAUAUGAGUGUUGUACAGCCAAUUUCUAUUGAAUAUAAUGAUGUGAUAAGUGACAAGUUAAAAACCAUCAAUCAGCAGCGAAAAACAACCAUUACACAACCUAUUACAACAUCUACACCUCUAAAAAUUAAUAGAUCAUCAAAACAAUCAAAUUCGAAGACAGCUUUUGAAAGUCUGAAUGAUAUAACGUCACACCAUUUAAGUACUUGUAACACAAAGAAAACAUUUGUUGAUCAAUAUAAUGACGUAAAGCUUAAGAGAGCAAAUGUUCAACUAGACAUUGCAGAAUUAGAAAAAAAUAUUUUAAUUGCAAAACAAAAGGCAGAUAGUGACCAUUAUCUUUCUCAAGCUAGACAAAAUAAAAUGAAGGAAGAGAUUUUAGAACUUAGUCUAAAAAAUAGUUUAAAGGAAAUAUGAUUUUGUUAUUUAUUGGAACUUCUAAAAACUAAAAUAAAUUUUGAUACGGUUUGUUUCAAAUGUAUAUAUAAUUUUUAAACCUAGAAUUUGUUUUAUUGUUAAUUUUUAUAUACUAUUCAAGGAAAGAAUUUAUGUUAUUGUUAAUUUUUAUAUACUAUUCAAGGAAAGAAUUUAUGUUAUUGUUAAUUUUUAUA